GCUUCCUCGCCGCCUCCGCCGCUCAGCCCCGGACUCCUUACGUCAGGGUAGCUGGGUCCCCCCUCCGCGCGGCAGCCAGCGAGCAGCGGGAGAGCAGAGCAGAGCGCGCCGCGGAGCCCGAGCGCCCUCCCUGCGCGCUGAUCCCUGCUGAGUCCAGCCGAGCCGGGCAGUAGGCAGCGCGGCCGAGCCCUCGCGGGACUCCGCCUUCCCACUCGGUGCUCCCGGGCCGCAGCCGCAGGGACCCGCUCGGCGCCGGGCUCGUCCUGUGCGCCCCCCGCCAUGCGUGCUGGGCUCCGGGGCUCUCCUGAGCAGUCCCAGCGCGGUGGGCACCGGCGCCUGGGCCAGGGUGCCUCUCGCUGAAGUAGUUGCUCGCCCAGAGGAAGGGGUCGCCACGUCGGGGGCGCGACCGGGACCCGCGGAAUCCGCCCCCGAGCGCGGGGAGCGGGGCCGCCUGCGCCGCCCGACCAUUACCUCCCCAGGCGGCAAGGAGGAGCUGGUGGCGGUUGCCUCCCGGCUGUGGCAGCGGCGGCGCCGCGCCUGCCUGGCGGCCGUCGGCGUGCUCCUGGCCAUGGCGCUGGGGCUGCUUAUCGCCGUGCCGUUGCUGCUGCAGGCGGCGCCCCCCGGCGCGGCGCACUACGAGAUGAUGGGCACCUGCCGCAUGAUCUGCGACCCCUACACUGCCGCACCCGGUGGGGGGCCCGCGGGAGCCAAGGCUCCGCCGCCGGGACCCAGCACUGCCGCGCUGGAAGUCAUGCAGGACCUGAGCGUCAACCCUCCGCCCCCUUUCAUCCAGGGACCCAAGGGCGACCAGGGGAGACCUGGCAAGCCGGGACCGCGGGGCCCCCCGGGAGAGCCGGGCCCACCUGGACCCCGGGGUCCCCCGGGGGAGAAGGGCGACUCGGGGCGGCCCGGGCUGCCUGGCCUGCAGCUGACGGCGGGCGCGGCAGGAGGUGUCGGGGUGGUGGGUGGCGGAACCGGGGGCGGCGGUGACUCUGAGGGCGAAGUGACUGGCGCGCUGAGCGCCGCCUUCAGCGGUCCCAAGAUCGCCUUCUAUGUGGGUCUUAAGAGCCCCCACGAAGGCUACGAGGUGCUCAAAUUCGACGACGUGGUCACCAAUCUCGGCAAUCACUACGACCCUACUACGGGCAAGUUCAGCUGCCAGGUGCGUGGCAUCUACUUCUUCACCUACCACAUCCUCAUGCGCGGCGGCGACGGCACCAGCAUGUGGGCGGACCUCUGCAAGAACGGGCAGGUCCGGGCCAGCGCCAUCGCGCAGGAUGCCGACCAGAACUACGACUACGCGAGUAACAGCGUGGUGCUACACCUUGAUUCGGGGGACGAGGUGUAUGUGAAGCUGGACGGCGGAAAGGCGCACGGAGGCAAUAACAACAAGUACAGCACCUUCUCGGGCUUUCUUUUGUACCCGGAUUAGAGGAGCAGGGAGAGCGAGAUGGGUGGCUUCAGGCCGCCCCAUGCCCGUGGGGGCGCUCUGUUCCCUUGCGAGGACCACUCUCGCUUCGUGACACUUCCUGACAUCGUUGGAAAAGACACACCCCUGCUGUCCUUCCUGCCCCGCUUCCGACCUCCGUGUGUCUGUGACUUGCCUCGCUCCUGGCUGUGCUCCUGGUUUCUGGCCGCAACCCGGGGCGGGAGAGCGGGAUGCCCAAGUGGAGAAAUGAGCGUGAACCUGAAACCCCAGCCAGGGAGGCGGCAGCGCAGACUUUGCAGAGCUGAUUGGACUGGACAGGCCCCAGCGGGAUGCCUGAGUGCUUCCAGUCCCCCUCCUCCUCCGAGAGCCCUGAGACUGAGGGCUCCCAGCUCUGGCCACUGAGGUAGGCCAAAGCGAGCACACGCUCCCUGGGGUGUCCUUCUUUGUGACCUGAAAUACUUGUGCAAAUGUCCCUGUCCAUCAGCUGAAACCCCAUCUUCAGCAGAAUCCCAGCAAUCAGAAAAUCCAUCUCUACACCGCACUCCCGCCUCAGACCUACCACGCUGCAUUAAAUUAUGUUUCUAGACUAUGGACUCUUGAUGUCUCUGUCAGCCUGGUCCCGGACCGAGCCUCCAGAUGUUCACCUUGACGUAAAGGCCGGAACUGGGCCCUGAACAGCUCCAUCUCUACCCCAGUUGCCAGCCACUGCCUUGUCUGUGCUGCUGGGUGGGUGAAAAGAUGUGGGGAGAAUGGGAGGGUAGCCUCUCACCCUUUAGGGUGCAUCUCCACCUGGCUGGGCUGCAGCCUUGAAUUGGAGGGGACCAGAGGAGGGCGGAAGGAAGAAUUAGAGGGUGACAGGAGACAGAGGUUGGAUUUUCAGGGUCCUAGCCUUGUGGGAGGAAGUAGAGGCCAGGAGUUUCUGGAGAAGGAAAGGGAAGAGGAGGCAUUUCUGCAAAAUAAGAGGGAUGAAGGAGGUAUUUGCCAUCAGAUGAUCUCUGAGAUCUCCUAAAAGGCAGUAGAGAAAUCCCUGAGGAAACACAACCACUCGGGCAUGUAAUGCACUCAGCACAUGUCUAUCAGCUUACACUAGCUGGGUCCAUAAUCUCAAGUCAAUUGCCUGGUACACUGAGGCAAUUGUAUGGACCAUCCAACUCCCUGAAUUCACGCACAACUCUGUGGUAAAUGAAAUAGACUCUCCCCUUUGUGGUGGGACAGCCCUCUUUAGGGGUCUUCCUUUGUGUGUGGUGGUAUGGGGCACCUGCUCUGAACCUGACUGCAUUUGUUUGGUCCUUCCUUUCCUUUCCUUCACUGUUACACACGCACGCACACACACACACACACAGACAGGUUAAGAAAACACUCCACAUGAUGUUUUUGUUUUUUCACUUUUUUGUUCCGUUUUUAGAUUAUUGAGUUCCAAUAAACAGUACGUUAUCUACAAAAUAACUUGUUAACAACCUGUUAGUAUUCACGGAGCUCAUUUUGACCAGCUGUUUGCAGAGAAAUGUGAAUAUGUACACAGAGGCAACCCUGGAGUGUGCUACCUAUAUCGAACUGGAUAUGCACACACACACCCCAUGUGGAUAUAAUGUGGUUGUCAUCGCUAAUCCAUGUUACACAGGUGCACACACACACAUAUUCAUAGACUCAUGUCAGUGUGGUGUGUGACAUAUUUGUGGCUAUAUGUCUGCUCCCAAAUUGCAAUGUGCUCAACUUUAGUUCCUGGAAGAUGCUGAAAUUUGUGAUUCUGAUUUAAAAGACAAUUAUACCCCCUGCCUUGAGUCUUGUCUCUGUCGCUAUUCCUCUUUAUGCUCUUAUUUUUAUUUGAAUAAUGUUUUAUUGUCAUUCACUUGAAUAUUAGCAAUGACUGCAUCUGCCUCAAGUCUAGGCAUAAAGUGCUCAAAGAUAUUGAGGAGGAAAACAAUAUCCAUAUGCAAACCAUCACCCUCCCAGUUCCAGCCCAAAUGAACCGCAGUUCCCCACCAACCCCACCCCACAACCAGCUGAGCCCAGGAACUGGGGAGGGCAGAGUCGAUCCCAUCUGCAGUCGCAUACGUAUCAAUUUCUGAUGCCUUGUCGAUUGUAUCAUCCAGAAAUGCGAUUAAAACCAAAUAUAUGAGACCCAAAUGAAGUCUAAUUGCUAUGGAUCUGCAAUCCCCAGUGGGCCUCUAAUCCUUUUUGACUUAUUCCUCCCCUUCCUCCGAUGAGAUGGAGCUUAGACACAAAGCCCUCGGUUUAAAUUUCAAAAAUUAAAA